GCUUCAAGAUGUGCUUGGGGCAUGUUGACGAUGGGGGUUUUCUGGGCAACGGAAGUGAUGCCUUUGGCAGCAACAGCCUUGCUGCCCGUCUUUCUCUUCCCUCUCACAAGUGUGUCUACAACCAAAGACAUAUGUGACGCUUACUUCAACCAAUCCAACAUGUUGUUUCUAGCUGGACUGAUGAUUGCAAUAGCAGUUGAAGACUCGAAUUUGCACAAACGGAUUGCCUUAAGAAUCGUUCUGUGGACUGGUACAACUUUGCGAUGGGUAUUGUUGGGAUUCAUGUGCUGCACCUGCUUUUUGUCGGUGUGGAUUUCCAACACUGCGACCACCGCCAUGAUGGUUCCGAUAGUCGAAGCCGUUCUCGAAGAAAGAAUUAUCGUCCCGCGUAAUAUUUCCCAAGAUCCCGUAGCUGUGCUGGACGUUGACGCGUCAACCAAUGACCUAUUCGAAAAAGCCACCGAGUCAGAGACAAUUUCCAUGAGCGAAAUAAACGAGGUCAGCAAGCAGCCGCGUGAACACGACAAAAAGACAGAAAAAAUGCUACAAAAUGCAAGAAUCGGCUGUUUAUUUGCUGUGGCAUAUUCGGCGAAUCUGGGAGGAACAGGGGCCAUCACAAGCACAGCCCCAAACUUGGUUCUCAUGGGGAUUUUGGACAACUUGUAUGGAAAAACAGAUUUGAAUUUCGCGACUUGGAUGGCUUUCAAUAUUCCUGGAAUGUUGCUGAACCUUUUCAUAGCUUGGAUCUGGCUUCAAAUGAUUUUCAUAGGGUUGCCGUUGCCGUUUAAAAGGUCAAAACCCACUUCGGGUUCUUCGAAUAUCUCUGAAAAUGACCUCGAGCAAAUUGAGCCAAACACGGAUGACGAAUCCAAAAGAAUCGGAGCAGUUUUACGGCAAAAGUUCGACGCACUCGGACCGAUUUCAUUCGCCGAAAUGACGACCGGAAUUUCCUUCAUCGUCCUCAUCAUUCUCUGGGUUCUCAGGGAACCCGGGUUCAUUCGGGGUUGGUCGGAUAUAUUUUCUGUGAGCGUGAGUGACGCCACUCCAGCAAUUUUAAUCGUGGCAUUCCUGUUCGCCACACCAGCAAAACCAGACUUCGGGUUCUGUAAAGCGUCUGGUGCCAGACGAAAACCCAGUCAUCGGAAGCUGUUGGAGUGGAGAAGCGUGCAUGAUAAAUUGGCGUGGAAUGUGAUAAUAUUAUUAGGAGGAGGCUUUGCAAUGUCAAAAGCAUGCACUACCAGUGGUCUUGCCAACUGGAUUGGUGACACAUUGGCUCUCCUCAGUUCACUUCAGCCACCUGUGGUGCUGCUGAUCCUGACAACUGCAACAGCUUUCAUGACAGAGCUAGUGUCCAACACUGCCACUGCUGCUAUCCUGUUGCCUGCCAUCCCUGACUUGGCCACCAAAUUGGGCGUUCAUCCGUUAUACCUGAUGCUGCCGUUGACAGUGACUUGUUCCUAUGCCUUCAUGCUACCCAUUGCAACCCCACCAAAUGCAAUAGUCCAUGCUGUUUUGCACUCGAAACCUCACAUCAUGGGAGGCACAGGUUUGAUCAUGAACCUGAUCUGCAUACUCGUGUUGAACUUGUUGAUGAACUGCUACGGACCCCUGGUGUUCAACCUGAACCCAACUGGGCUCAGCCCAAUACAGAGAAAUGAGACUUCCUUCACAUGAUUAUUUAUUUUAUGAAUAACAGCGCAAUAAUAUUUUCUCAAAUGAAACAUCAUGGCUUUAUUAUACGUUGUCUCAUAGCGAAGAAAAUGGUUGAAAGGCUUUUAUUUUUGGAAGCUGAUUGAAAAGUUUUGAAGUUGAGCUUUGGUCAAUAUUCUCAGGGUGAAUCACGAUGACCAAUGAAACCCUCGACAGUCGGCUUCAAGAGGUCUUCCUUAUCACGAUUAUACUGGUAUAUUUUCUUGUGAUGAGUUGACGGAUGUUCUAUUCCUGCGUAUUUUUGAAAAUAAAUUGAAUAAAAAACGCAA